GCACGUGCAAUUAUAUCUAUUAUCUAUGAACGGACGAAUGGUAUUAUAGUCAGUAAAGAGUAACGUUCAAUUAAUAAUUCACCCUAAUAUUGUAUCCGACUACCUGAAACGUCUAUAAUUUGAAUUUCACAUCCUAUAGUCGCAAAUAUUAUGAGCACCGAAAAACCCAAAAAAGUCGACGAUGACGACGAAGUCUCAGUCACUUUCAAAGACUUAGGUGUAACGGACGUGUUGUGUGAGACUUGUGAAACAUUGAAAUGGACUGCGCCUACAAAAAUACAAAAAGAAGCUAUUCCAGUAGCUUUGCAGGGCAAAGAUAUCAUUGGACUAGCCGAGACUGGGUCUGGAAAAACAGGUGCCUUUGCUAUUCCUAUAUUACAAGCGCUAUUAGAAAACCCUCAGCGAUAUUUUGCUCUUAUUUUAACUCCAACAAGAGAACUUGCCUUCCAGAUAUCUGAGCAAAUAGAAGCCCUUGGAUCGAGUAUUGGCGUUAAAUGUGCUGUAAUUGUUGGUGGCAUGGAUAUGAUGGCUCAAUCGUUGAUGUUGGCUAAGAAACCACAUAUUAUUAUUGCAACACCAGGUCGUCUUGUAGACCAUCUUGAAAACACCAAAGGAUUUAGUUUACGAAAUUUAAAAAUGCUUGUUAUGGAUGAAGCUGAUCGAAUUUUAAACAUGGAUUUUGAAGAAGAAGUAGAUAAAAUUUUAAAAGUCAUUCCUCGAGAAAGGAGGACAUUUUUAUUUUCUGCUACAAUGACAAAAAAAGUUCAAAAACUGCAUCGAGCAUCUUUAGUUGAUCCUGUAAGGGUAGAAGUAUCUACUAAAUUCCAAACAGUUGAACAGCUACAACAAUAUUAUAUUUUCAUUCCUGUUAAAUACAAAGAUGUAUAUUUAGUACAUAUAUUAAAUGAAAUGGCUGGUAAUUCAUUUAUGGUAUUCAUGGCCACUUGUAACGGAACUGUCCGUGUAGCUCUUUUACUCAGAAAUUUGGGUUUGGAUGCUAUACCAUUGCAUGGACAAAUGACACAAAAUAAGCGAUUGGCUUCACUAAAUAAAUUUAAAUCAAAGUCUAGAUCAAUACUUAUAUCAACUGAUGUUUCCAGUAGGGGUUUGGAUAUUCCACAUGUUGAUGUUGUAAUCAAUUUUGACAUGCCUACUCACAGUAAGGAUUACAUUCAUAGGGUUGGACGAACUGCCAGAGCUGGAAGAUCAGGAAAAGCAAUUACACUUGUGACUCAGUAUGAUAUUGAGUUAUAUCAAAGGAUAGAACAACUUAUUGGCAAAAAAUUGCCGCUAUAUCAAGUUGAAGAUGAUGAAGUUAUGUGUUUACAAGAACGAGUGUCAGAAGCUCAACGGCUGGCAAAAAUGAAUAUGAAAGAUAUGGGUGAUAAGAAAGGUAAAAGAGACCUUGAUGAUGAUGAAGAAGGCGCAAUGGGUGUAAGGAAAAAGAAUAUUGGUAGACAUAAAUCUAAUAAAUCGAAAAAGUUUAAAAAAAAAUAAAACUGCACAAAUAUAUAAUAAAUAAUUUUCCUU